CCCCUUUCUCCAUAACUCUCGCUCCCUCUCUCUCUCUCUCCAAACACAACCAAAAGCUUGUCUCUCUCAAGAACCCAAAAAAAAAUGGCGAUAAUGAAGAAAUCUUCAAAGCUCACUCAAACAGCAAUGCUGAAGCAGAUUCUAAGAAGAUGCUCGAGCUUAGGGAAAAAGAAUGGAGGAGGGUACGAUGAAGAUUUCCUCCCACUUGACGUACCAAAGGGACACUUCCCUGUCUAUGUCGGAGUGAACAGAAGCAGAUACAUUGUCCCAAUCUCCUUCUUGACUCACCCUGAGUUCCAAUCUCUAUUACGACGAGCCGAGGAAGAGUUUGGAUUUGAUCACGACAUGGGUCUCACCAUUCCUUGUGAUGAACUCGUCUUUCAAACCCUAACCUCCAUGAUCCGAUGAUUAUUUUAAGUUAAAUAAUUUGAAGAAGAAGCAGAAGGAGAUGGUUAAAGAAGAAACAGAGCUUCUCUUUACAGAAAAUAGCAUCUCUUCUCUUUUUUUUAGUUUUUUUUUCUUCUUUUCUAAGCCCAGCUAGGGUUUUUUUACGAGUUAAUUCAUACUCGUCUAACAAGAAAGAAACCCAUAUGACAUAGAGAUUCUAUGGGUUCAAAUCUGUAAAUAAAAGCGUGUUAUGUUUUUCCUCAUGGAUCUUGAUUCUGUGAGAGAAGUUGAUUAAUGCAAGAGGAAGUAUUUCUCUA